AUGGCGUCGCGGCUGGCGAACGCCGGGUUUGAGGUGACGCUUUUGGAGAAGAACGGCGACGUGGGGGGACGGUGUCGAAGCGAGACGUUCGCGGGGGGGGGGGAAGGGUACAGGUUUGACACCGGACCGUCGUUGAUGCUGCUUCCGGAGCGGUACAUGGAGCAGUUCACGUCGGUGGGGGAGAAGAUGGAGGAUUACAUGGACGUCGAACGCGUGGACCCGGCGUAUCGCGCGCACUUUGGCGAUCACACGACGCUCGAUUUGUUGUACGACAUCGAGGCGAUGCGUAAGCAGUUAGAUGAAGUCGAGUUCGGGGCGGGAGGGAGAUACAUCGAUUGGCUCGGACGCGCGCGGGCGAGUUUGGAUUACGGCGUCGCGGCGUUCAUCGAGCGAGACGCGAACUCUAUUCUGGAUUUUGUGGAUCUCUCUCGCGUCGGUCCGCUCGCGCUCGCGGUGAACCCGAUCGAUUUGUUGCUUCCGCAGUUUAACCAAAUGGCCAAGUAUUUCAAGGAUGAGCGCUUGCGCGCGCUCUUCUCGUACCAAGAGUUGUACGUCGGCUUGAGCCCGUACAACGCGCCGGGCGUCUUCUCUUUGCUCGCCGCCACCGAGCUCACGGACGGGGUGUGGUACCCCAAGGGCGGGUUCACCAAAGUGCGCGAAAGCUUCAACGCGCUAGCGGAGAAGAAGGGCGCCAAGGUUCGCCUCAACAGCGAAGUCGCCGAGAUUCUCACCGAGGAAGUGAGCGGUUUGGCGGACGCCAAGGGCGGCUCGCACACGGGACGAAAAGUCACCGGCGUGCGCUUGGCUUCGGGCGAGAUAAUGAACGCAGACGUCGUCGUCGCUAAUCCGGAUUUACCGUGCGUGUGGGAUCAAAUGCUCGACUCGGUGGGCGAGCCGGCGAAGAAGGAGAGCGAAAAGUGGGAAAACGCCGAUUAUUCGUGCUCCGUGCUCGAGUUCAACUGGUGCUUGAAGAAGGAAAUCCCUGGAUUGUUGCACCACAACGUUUUUCUAUCUGGUGACUACAAGGGAAGCUGGGAGCGUCCGGCGACGGUGGAUGACUUUGCAGCGCCGCGUCAACACAACUUUUACUGCCACAACCCGGUGUACACGGAUAAGACGUGCGCGCCGGAGGGCGGUGCCUCGCUGAUGAUUUUGCUCCCCAUUGCGAACAUUAAAGAGCAAGAAAAUAUUUGCAAGAAACGGGGCGUUCCGGUGCCGAGUGAGACCGAACUCGUCGAGGCUGGCCGACAAGCCAUCUUGCGACGCUUCAAGGAAGCGGGUCACGGCGACCUCACAGAAAUCAUCGCGCACGAAUCCGUCACCGUGCCCUCGGAAUGGCGCGACAAGUUCAACAUUAAGAACGGCGCUGUCUUUGGUUUGUCUCACGGGUUGUUGCAGCUCGCCGCGUUCCGACCGCCGGUGCGCACGGGCAUCAAGCAGCUUGACUCGCCCGUCGUCGACGGCUUGCAUUUCGUAGGCGCGUCGACGCGACCGGGUAACGGCGUUCCGCUCGUGCUCAUGGGCGUCAAGGUUGUCGCCGAACAAAUCAUGAAAGAAGCGGCUUAA